AUGGCACAUCAUACAUCAGAACUCUUGAACACAUCUUUCCUUUAUUCUGUCGACUUCAGAAGAUACCAGGUAUCGAUGGCGCUCUCCGUCUCUGGGUUCCCCGAACACGCAGCUUCCCGCCACGUUCAUUCCCAAUCCCAAUCCCAAAAUACCCUCUCACCCCCCUCAUCAUCAUCAUCCUCCUCGUCACCCGGGAUCGACCCAGACUCGUCACCCGCAUCCUCGUCAUUAAUGAACAGUCCCCGCCUCCGAGGACUUUUCGGGAAGAUUCAGAAACCUCAAUAUCAGGGACAGGAGAAUUCGAACACCGGUACCGACGUGCAGGCGUCCUCCCCUCUUCCACCUACACCAGCACCAACACCACCGACGUCAGCGGCGGUGGUGCAAGAGUAUGACUACGAUUUACAAAUCGAAAUGCCCAUCCCUAUCCCCCUCCCUCCCCUUGGCCAACCGCCCCGUUCUAAACGGCCACAGCCUAUACCUAUACCUAUACCGAGACAAACGACAGCGUCGCCCGUGAGGCUGCAGCCUAGCCUUGCGAGGUUGGAGAUUGGGCGGACGGUUAUGGGGAAGGGUGAGGCGAGGGCCGCGCUACCAUCCGAUGGGGGGUUGAACUUGAAGGCUGUUGGUGCACCGUCGAGGUCACCUCCGCCCCCUAAUAAGAUUGGGUCUACGUACCACCAGCAGCAGCAGCAAGUGCAUCAGAGGACGCCGUCCUCAAAGGUGUUGCUUGCGUUGCCUUCUCCACCAAGGAACACGGCUACGUCUACGGGUACGACUACGACUACUAAGAAGAUGAGGUAUCAGCCUCUCGUUGUUGAUCCUCCUCCUCCUUCUGCAGUUCCCUCUUCUGCUUCCACUUGUUCUCCCGCCCUCUCCGACCCACCACCUCCACCACCACCCCUCCAUUCAGCCCCUCUCACCAGCGCCAACCCAAAUCCAGGAGGGCGGUCCUACAUCCCCCCACCAGCAAAAGUCAAAAGACCACGCACGAGUUCCGGGUCCAUGAACACCAUCUUCGCUCCUUCUCCCGGCUCCUCUAGCACCUCCCGAACACCCAGGACCUCCAACAAACGAGGAGGAGGGGGGAUGCCGAUAUCAUAUUCAUGGGCUUCCCGUCCGGUCGACUUGAACCCCUGUGGGAGUCCUAGGAUCACACAAAGCCAGGUGGUGAGGACGAGGAGGAGGGAUCAUUCUGCUGAUUCCUUUUUAGCACGGGUUCAUCAUGCUGGUGUGGAUCAGACACAGAGGAAAAGAGCGCAGAGACCCCGCUCGAUGAAGAGGAUGCAGAAUGCGAGGAGGAGUAGUACUAGUGGGGAACCGUCGCCUUUGAGGAGUUCGAUUACUUUUGGGAGUGGUGUGGAUGAUGAUGGUGUUGGGGUCUUGGGAGAUCCUCCACCUGUACCUCUGUCUUUACCACCCCCAGUUCCCCGCGGUUCUCCUUUGUUUUCGCCGCCUUCACCAGAUAUAGGCGUUGAGCGGAGGAUUAGACCUCAACCGUACAUCACCACUUCUUGGACCAAAUCCGGGUCGUUGGAGUCGUCGCCUGCUGGGAGCCCCACUCCAACGUCAACGACUGGACAGGGGAGGGAAAGGGAAAGGCCGGUGUUGACGUUGAGUGCUGUUGGUGUUGGUUCUGCGUUCAUGGGCACGAGUGCGAGUUGGUUGGCUGCAGCUAGUGGAACAGGAACAGGAACAACGACGACGACGAGGUCUGGGAGGUCAGCUACGUUGCCUUCCUCUUCGCCUUCGACUUCUACGCCUAGGUUGAGUGUACAGACUACACCGACGUUGAGUAUGCAAAGUACACCAACGACGCUCCUCUCCUCCUCUUCCAAUGAAACACAUCCAUUUCGACGAUCUGAUGACACUUCUUCGAUGGGAGCAUCAAUAUCGAUAUCAGCUUCACCACCAAUGUACACAUCAUCCUCACCCCCAAUAUUCACACACCCUUUCCCCUCUCGUGCCCUCUCAUCUUCCUCAUCCCCACCACCAUGCCCAUCCUCCUCAUCCUCUCCUCCCCCGUUUUCGAACUCGAAUUCAUCAUCCCCACCGCAAUUCAUGCAUCCCUUUCCCUCUUCCUCCAACCCAUACCACUCAUGCGCAGUUACAGAUGCGGAUGACUCGCCUACCUCCCCCAUUCAAUUUUUCGUAGAUGACGAUGGGUUAUCCAAUUGUGGUGGUGGUUAUGUGGGCUAUGGAAGGAGCUUGGGAAAUGAGACCCCGAGUCCGAGUCCGAUAAGGUAUGCGCGGCCUUGGGAUGACGACGACGACGAUGAUCGUUUUUCUGCCGAAGAAGGGCACUCGACUUCAACGAGGAGGAAGAGUCAUCCUGGAGAUUUCGACCCCUCCUCAUCAAUAGGACACGAAUACGACCCACCCUCACCAAUGGCCUAUGCGCCCCCUUCACCCGCAGACGACCUCGAUUCUACAGUAUCACCUAUAAGCGUGAGGGCUGGUGGGGGGAGGAGGAAAGGGGGGUUGCCUAGGAGUUAUAGAGUUGAUUAUUCUGCGCCUGCUCCUGGUUCUGGGUUUGAGUUUUUGGUAGCCGGGAGUGAGGAAAUGGAGGAGAGGGGCCGUAUGAAGUCGCGGGUGGCUUUGUCUAUACCGGGAGGGGGGAGGGCUGCACAUACACAUGCGAUGGCGAUGAUACCCGACAACAACAGGAAACACGUACCCAUACCGCUACCGAAACGGAAAUUCGCGGACGCGGUGUCGAUGGCGUUUUUCGAGGAUGGGCGGUUGAGAGGGCGGAGGAAGAGGGGGAAGUCUGUUGGUGCUGGGGCGGGUGUGGGUGCAGGUGGGGUUGGGGGGGAAGAAGAAGAGCAUGCGUUCGUUUUGGAUAUUUCGUUGGAGGGUGAAGCUGGUGUUGGGAGUUCUUCCGGUGGUGAGCAUGAGGGGAAGAGGGAGAGGACGGAGAGCGCGAGUGGGAGCAGCAGUGCCUAUUCACUUGACGAUGAUGCGGAGGAGGAGGAGGCAGAGGGACAACUUGAGAAAACGGGAUCUACCCCGUUCAUGUGGGUCUCUAAAAGCAAACCGGCCCCUCGUACUCCUAUCAUUCCCGUUCCACCACCCUCCUCCAAACACCAACGCCACCACGAGGAAUGGGACGGAGAGGUGCCUAAUAAUUUAUCGUGUGGGCUUACGCUACUCACUGAGGGUGUCUCUCGCGAGUCUCACAUCUGUCCCUUAACUUUCAAGACAACUGAGUCUGCAUGGAUUCAAUUUCUCGUAACUAAAUAA